GAGUUUGUUACACAGGGAAAUGAGUCAGUUUUCUUGUUGGUCUUAACUGAUCAACAAGGAAAUGAGAAACUCUUCCCACUGUGGCCUCUAUCUAUAUUGAGGAGAAUGCAGUCUUACUAAUUUGAUAUGGAACCUUACAAACAUUUAAACCACUGGACAUUAAAUUCUCAAUAAAAGGAACCAUGAAAUGGCUACUAUAGGACUUGUGAUGGGAACAGGAAUGUUUACACACUUCAAAAAAGGAAUUAAAUUUAAAUGAGUCUUGUCAGUGAACAGUGUUCCACUAUGGAUGGCAAGACUCUUGCCCUUCCCUCACCCACAGUGGUCAGUCCGAACCGUGUGGGUUUGGUACGGAGGACAAGUAUGGAAACAUACAUGGUGCGUAUUUAUCCAGAUCCUUUGAUAAAUGAGUGUGAUUUUACUUCGAUAGAGGCUGAAAAAUGUACAACUGCAGCUGAAAUUGUAAAAGUUGCUGUGAAAAAGUUACAGCUUGGAAAUCCAGAAAAAUAUGAACUUGCAGAGGUCUUAUCCUCAGGGGGACAACUAUGUAAGGAGAGACGGCUAGAGCCAACUGAAAAUCCAGUGCGAAUAAAGUUACUUUGGCCCAAAAUGGCUGGGAGUAAUGUUCCUGCAUAUAAAUUUUUUCUUAGAAAAAAAGAUCAUGAAAGCAUAAAUCGAACCUCAUCUUGGCGAGAAAUUUCUAGUGAUUCAAGUCGUGUGGAUUCUUUUCUUAUGACAUUCCUUAAACAGCCAACCAAUAAUAAGGAAUAUCCAGAUUUGUGCAACCUUCCAGAUUUAAAUGAGAUGACGCUGUUGGAAAACAUCAAAAACCGUUUUGAACAUGCACAUAUUUACACAUAUGUAGGAUCAAUCCUUAUAGCAGUGAACCCUUUUAAAUUUUUUCCCAUAUACAAUCCCAAAUAUGUGAAAAUGUACCAGAACAGAAGACUAGGGGAGCUACCUCCUCACAUCUUUGCAAUUGCAGAUGCUGCCUUUUAUACUAUGCUCCGUAAAAAGAAAAAUCAGUGUAUUGUGAUUUCAGGGGAGUCAGGGUCUGGGAAAACAGAGAGCACAAAUCUUCUUCUGCACCACCUUACUGCACUGAGUCAGAAAGGUUCACAUGGCAGUGGGGUGGAACAAACAAUUUUGGGAGCGGGACCUGUGUUAGAGGCCUUUGGAAAUGCCAAAACUGUCCAUAAUAACAAUUCCAGUAGGUUUGGAAAGUUUAUCCAAGUCAAUUACAAAGAAAAUGGAAUGGUACACGGUGCAAUUGUAGAGAAGUAUUUACUAGAGAAAUCCAGGAUUGUGUCACAAGCUAAAAAUGAAAGGAAUUACCAUGUAUUUUAUUAUCUAUUGGCUGGGGCUGAUGAUCAGGAAAGAGAAGCGCUACACCUGUGUAAACCAGAGGAAUACCAUUAUCUCAGACAGAGUGGCUGUUACACUUUAGAGGGGGAGGAUGAAGUUCAUGAAUUUGCUCGUCUCAAGCAGUCCAUGGAAAUGGUGGGCUUCUCCAUCCUCACACAGAAAAGGAUAUUUUCUGUUAUGUCUGCAGUGCUGCUUUUGGGAAAUGUAGAGUUCAAAAAAAAAGGGGACCAGCAUCAUGAUGAAAGUGUUACCAUCAAAAACCUGGAUGUUGUACAGACUGUAUCGGGUAUUCUAAAGGUGAAAGAGAAGACACUGGUGGAGGCCUUAACACAGAAGCGAGCCACUGCUGGAGACGAGACUGUAGUCAUGAACUACAGAAUGCAAGAUGCCAUAGCCACUCGUGAUGCCAUGGCGAAAUGUUUGUAUGGAGCACUGUUUGACUGGAUUGUUCUCAAAGUGAAUCAAGCUCUGCUAGCUAAGAGACACAACAGUGAUCAUCAGGAUGUAUUUUCUGUGGGAAACUCUAUAGGUGUGCUUGACAUCUUUGGAUUUGAAGAUUUUAGCAAAAAUAGCUUUGAACAGUUUUGCAUCAAUUAUGCAAAUGAGCAUCUACAGUAUUAUUUCAAUCAACACAUAUUCAAGUUUGAACAAGAAGAAUACAAGAAGGAGGGGAUUCAAUGGAAGAACAUUGAGUUUAUAGAUAACACUGGCUGUCUAGAGCUUUUUUCAAGGCGGCCAGAUGGACUGUUCUGUCUACUAGACGAAGAGUGCAAUUUUCCUGGUGCUACAAAUGAAACUUUACUUUCCAAAUUCAACCACCAUCACAAAGGCAAAACAUAUUACCAAGUGCCAAAUGUCAGAGAGGAGUCCUUUGCUAUUCUUCAUUAUGCUGGCAAAGUCAAAUAUCUAAUCAAGGACUUCAGAGAGAAGAAUGUGGACCAGGUUAGACCAGACAUUGUCAGUGUGCUGAAGAGCAGCAAUCUGGCAUUCCUCAGGGAAUUGACAGGUUUGGAUCCAGUAGCGGUGCUUCGAUGGUCUAUCAUCAAAACUCUAGUCAAGAGUGUGUUUGCUUUCAUAGCAGCUGGGCGAACCUACAGGAAUAAUGGGGGAGUAAAGAAGGAUGUUCAAAAGCAAAAUAGAAAGAACUCUUUUGACUUUAAUCUGGUGGCAGGAGAAAACCUGUUGAAUAGUCAACACAAACGAGGACACCAGCCAUACUCUCCUCUUCACAUACUCCCUGACAUGGAUGACAGUGGACUUCCUGAUGAUGACAGUGUAUUUUUAGACUUACAGCGGAGUCCCAGUGAGGUUCACAUGUCUGAUGAGGAAAUUCGGAUUUACAGAAAGGCCAAACAUGUUAUAUUGAAAAACAAGUCAUUCCGACCAAAACCAAGACCCCCAACAAUGCUGAGGGACAUUAAAACUCUGAAAGCUAUAGCUAGUCGUACUAUGACUAACAGAAUCACUUCAAAAAAACAGCCAGCUAGUGUCAGUGCCCAGUUCCAGUGGUCUCUGUCCAAACUAAUGACAACAUUACAACAGGCCAAUCCAUUUUUCAUCAGAUGUAUCAAGUCUAAUGCUAAUAAGCUACCCUGCACAUUUGAUGAUGUAUUGGUGCUGAGACAACUAAGAUAUACGGGAAUGUUGGCUACAGUCAAAAUUAGACAAUCCGGAUACAACUACAGACUCACAUUUGAGGAGUUCAUUCAGCUUUAUAAGAUCAUUCUUCCAAAGGGUUCCUUCAGUUCAAAAGAAGAUGUUGCUGAAUUUUUAGAAUCCAAGAAUCUAGAUAAAGAUAACUUCCAGAUUGGUAUUACAAAGGUGUUCCUUCGGGAGUCAGAAAAGAUCUUCCUUGAUGAGGCUUUACACUCUGCCAUUAUGUUGCGAGUUGUGCGUAUCCAGCGGUGGUUUAAGACUAUCCUGGAACGCAGACAUUUUGUGGCUUUAAGAAGUAGUACAAUAGUUAUACAGGCCAUAAUUAGAAUGUAUCUUGCCAAGCAGCGUAAACUAAAGCUGAUUCGACAACUGCGGGCAGUUGUUACCAUUCAGCGAUACAUGCGGGGUUGGCGAGCAAGGCGACAUUACCUGAUUACAGUCAAUGCUGUUAUACUCAUACAGAGCUGGUACAAAGGAUGGAGGAUACGCAGACAAUACCGAAGUCAAAUUGAGGAGGCCUUGGAAAGAAGGAGGGAGGAAGAGAGAAAACAGAAACAAGCUGACACAACGAGUGAUGAGGGUGUACUCAGUACAGAGGAGCUAGAUCAACAGCUGCCAUCAGAGGCCAGACGUCACUCAGAGAGCAGUGGAAUCCAUGAGGUAGAGGAUUCAGAGUCUGACACUGUGGACUCCAAGAUAAAGGAAAAGUCCACUUCUUAUGCUAGUCCUGUCAACCCCCCAACUAUCGUUUUGGUACAGCCCACCAUCAAACAUCCAGAUGAUGAAUUCCUUAACCAAGCUCGUUCCACCUCUAGAGUUUCAAGUCUUGCAAAGUCUUUCCAGGAAACAGUUAAAGAGGGUGCCAGUCAAAAAACUAUAUAUUUAGAAAGAGGGCCCCAUAAACAAAGAACCAGGUCAUUUCCUGCCCCACUGGCCAAACAAGAAUCUUUCUCUGAUUUGGAACCUUCUACCCCAUCUCCUACCCCCUUGUCCCCCACCAGACUUAAAACCCUGGAAGAGACCCUGGGUAAGCGCAGGGAGGAACAUGGAGAAACCCCUCCCUCACCUCUCGGAGAUUUCUCAGGGGCCCAUAAAAGUCCAUUUAGGAAAGCUCGUCGCCACUUCAAGAACUUUGUAGGAGAAGCGACGAGCUGUAUGCCACCAAUCGGAUCUAGGUCAUCUUCCUUCCGAUUCCUGCGACACAGGAGCAGUAAAAGACAGGUGAAAAAAGAUGAUGACAGCGACGAAGAUACUGCUCCAGUCCAGCUCCAGAAACCAAAGCGACCCCAUAAAUUGGGUGUCCAAGUAUUACCAACAGAGGUUUCCACUACCCAACCCUCCCCUGCCUCACCUACAGAUGUCAAGUCUGCCGAUGAUCAGCGGUCCUCCACUGAAGAUCUGGCACGUAAAGGACGGAAGAAGCCUCGACAGAAACAACAGCUUGACAAGAAACGGUCUGAAUCACCUGUGCGGGGUAACUGGAAGGUGGAGGGAACCUCCGAGUGGCAGUACCCCGCCGAUCUUGUCAUCACAGAAUUCUCAGAGUUUGCUAACCUGGAUAUAUUCAUUUACAAAAAGUUGAAAGAUUACAACAAAGUUAACAAGAAAGAGACAAUCUUUGAUAAAGUGUUUAAAAGAUCAUUGAAUGCCUUCCACAAAGAAAUGCAGGCAACCAUAUCUGUAGAAAAACAGAAAGGAGAAAUUCAUCUGCCAUACAGGAAUCUCUUGACCAAGUUUGCUGUAACUCUGGAAGCAGAGGUGAAGCUUGAAAGGACCAAUGCUUCGUUUCCAGUCACAAUGGGUGUAAACGCAUUCCGGGGAUUUCUGGAUGAGUUCAUUAAACAUCACAGGAAAGAGAAGAAGAAGCCGGACAAGAAAGUGGAAAACAAAAAUCAGAAACCAGAGAAAACAAAAAAGGAUAUAUAUGAGUUUUUAGGACACAAGUACAGUCUAACCCAGUUUGGUAUCCCAACAUUCUGUGAGUUUUGCUCCAAUAUUAUAUGGAUCAUGGAAAAAGGAAGUGUCUGCCAAGUUUGUAGAUAUACGUGCCAUAAGAGAUGUGUGAACAAGUCAACAAGCCAUUGUAAAGGUGCACAGGUCAACCAGAAUCCUGGGUCCAAAGUAUAUGGUGUUCCACUUGCUAGUCUAGUUUCUGAUGAGCAUAAAAUUCCCGUUAUAGUGGAAAGAUUAAUAAACGCCAUAGAAACCCAUGGGAUGUAUACUGUUGGUGUCUAUCGCAAAUCUGGUGCUAAUGCCAAGGUCAAACAACUCAAACAAAACAUUGACAGUGGCAAAGAAGAUUUGACUUCGAUAGAUAUUGAAGAGUAUCCUAUUCAUGUUUUAACUACAAUGCUCAAGUAUUUCUUCCGUGAACUGCCAGAACCUUUAUUGACCUUUGAACUCUAUGAUGAUUUUCUGAGAACUUCAGAAAUUCAAGAUGAGAAGGAGAGAUUACAAGCUAUUUAUGCAGUUAUUGAGAAACUUCCUAAACCAAAUCAUGAUCUGUUUGAAAGACUCAUUUUCCAUUUAGCAAGAAUAGCCAAUAAUGAACCUUUAAACAAAAUGUCAUCUAAUGGUUUAGCUAUUAUAUUUGCCCCUGCCUUACUCAGAACCAACAAAAAACUACAAGCUCAAGAUUCCCUCAACCAAGUGCCAAGACAAACUGCUGUGAUAAAACAAAUAAUAACAGAGCAACUGUUCAAGAUGAAGGAAACGUUCAAUGACCUUAGCACACUGGAAACUGCUGAGGUGACUGCUGCUGAUCGUCUCCAUGUCGUUCGCCUCAGUAUGAGGGCUAGGAGUCCAGUACACCCCCCUCCCACUCUCCCUGAGCCUGAAGUGACCUGUAUCGGUGAGGAGGCAGCAGUCUCUGAGGAGAUGGAUGUGGAGGAAGCAGAAGAGGAGGAAAAGGCCUUGUGUUCACACAUAAGGUCCAUACAGAAGGAAAGGGAAAAUCUCACUACGAAUCUUCCUGCUUUGGAAUGUCGGCACUUGAGUUCCGAUGAUGAUGGUUUGAGUACAGAUGGCGUGGACAGUAUAUAUGAUACUGCUGAUGAAGAGGAAAAUGAAGAAUAUGCAUUAACCUUUGACCUGCCAGUGAGUCCACCCUCACAACUUCAGCACCUUACAAAGAGACGAGUAUCCCACAAUCCUUGUAAACGACCUCCCAAACGAUACAGACCUCUACUGGAUAAACGGGGGGAUCAGUGUCUUUCCUGCAGCAGUGAUGAUUUUAGUGACCCUCUAGAGAGCACAGUAAAUGAUUCUGUGAACUCUGAUAGUUCGGAGGGACCAGCAGUGCUUCCUAUUGCUCACACCCGUGAACCCUCAUGGGAGUCCAGUUCUGUCUCCAUUCCGGCCCUACAUAAUAUUUGUGAGGAUGAGGAUGAAAUUAUGGUCUAGUAUUGGAGAACCCUGCCAUUCCACAUUUGCCAUUCUGCCACAUCUAAAAAAUCAUGUGUCAUCCAUUUUUACAGUGACCCAUAUCAGUUGUGGAAAACCAUUCCAAGUCAUCAUGAAUAUUCAUAUUCUACCUCAUUUGUGUACAUAAGACAGAAAUGCAAUGACAUGCCACAUAGUCAUUUUUUGUAAAUGGGAUGGCUAGGGUUUGAGAGAUGUUUGCAGUGCUGCUUUUUGUUCAAAUUUUAGUUUUAUGUUUCUUUCUUUUUUUUUUUUUUUUUUUUUUUUUUUUUUACUAUUAUAAAUAAAGAAAAUGCAUUAUAGACUUAUUAAGUGCCUAGAUAACUCAAUGGUUCACUAUAUAUUUAUUUUCAAUCUUAAGUGUGCUUUAUGAUAUUGUAAAAUGACAUUAAUAUGCAAUUUAAUUUUGCCAAAACUUGUGUAUUUUUCAAGUGCAAUAAUAGAUAGUAUAGCGCUUUUGUAUGCAGGGAUAAAAUGCAGACGUGAAUUUUACUAAGUGUUUAUGUAUUAAAUAUGAGAAGUGUAGGUUUAUGCACUUGAUGCGUAAAAACUAUUCUAGUCAUGCAGUACAGAAGUUGUCACCAUGGUGACAUUAGAAGCUGUAGAUUUGUUUAUCUUGUUAUCUUAAUGCCAGUCUGAUCUGAGACACAGUCCUUGUAAAUAUUCAUUUGUACCAUGUAAUUUUGUCUUUCAACAUUAUUUUUUGCUGCUGUUAGAACAACACGAUUGAAUGGUAGUUGUACAGUUCCUGGUCAGUUUGUUAGGCUGUCUGUCAGGGCUGUAAUAGAUGUAGUUUGUGGUUUUUUGCAUGUGCAUUACUUUUGCAUUACUGAGUAUUCUAUUUUCCAGAAGAGUGUUUAGCAUUGGUGAUAUUAAAAUAGCCAUGAUUCUGUUAUAAACAUGGACACUGAUAUUAUAUGACACAAUAGAAACACUCUCUUGGUUGAUGCUAAGAAUGUGCUUUUGUUACAGCUGUUCAUAUUUUUUUUUUUAAAAUAGAGGCUAAUCCUUGUUCUAUUACCUGUCACAAAUAAUUUGGGAUGGAUUUUAGGUAUCCAUAGAGUUUUUCCUGUGUACGCAAAGUAUGAGUGUACAAAUGUCACUAAAUUAUUGUUAUUUUACAGCAAUUGACCACCAAAAUAUGUUCUAUUUUCAUUUUAACAUUUCUUACUGCAUAGUUUAUAACAGGGCCUUCAUCAAUGUAUGAAAGUAUUGCUCUUUCCCAGGAGCUUCACAGUGUCAUAGAUCUUGGACAAUUUUAUAUUGUUUACAUUUACUUUGGCAACACUUCUAAAACACCAACUUAAAAACUGUCAUACAAAUAAAAAAAAAACAUGUUCGUACUGAUACAUAACAGUAUUCUCAUCUAAUGAAAGGUGCUAUGCUAGAGACAUUUUGUGUAGAGGAGUUUUAAAGUAAAGCUGGCUAGACCUCCUUCACUCCUUACAUCAUGAAGAUCAUUCACAUAUCCGGUGUCUGAUAAGAAUUGAUUUCACACUUUCAUAUAGUCUUUACUUUUUAUUUAUGAGAGUAUUUUUUCUUCACUUAUGUUUUUUAAUGGUUUCUGUACAAGUGCCUCUGUCGAUUUUCUUAAGGCUACAAAACAUUGAUGCUAGCAAACUAUUCGUUAUUGCAUAUUUUGGUAUGGGAAAGUUUUGUAAAUUAUAUUUUUAAACAAAAGGGACUGUUGAAAAAACUGAAAUCUGAUUUUGUAGUAAAUGGGUAAGUCCAUCAUCAAACUGAUGCUCAAUUUUUUUUUUAUGUUUAGCUCUGUAUCACAUUCCUAACAGUAGCUAUCUUUUUGAUGAAACUUUAUUUUUAUUUCUUUUAUAAGCAAGCAGAUAGCUGUAUUUUUUUCAAUAAUGAACAAUGGCUGUAUUUUUUUUUUUAUCAAUGUUGAACAAACAGGAAAAGGUUCAGAAUCCAAGAGAAAAUGUCUGAACAAGAUUAAAAUGUGUCUCUCAUUAAUAAAAAAUUAGUCACCAAUAUCUGUUCUGUGAAUUAAAGGAUUUAUCUUGUUGUUCAUCAUUUGCUCAUAAUUCAUUUAAUAUUCAAAGUGAGAUAUAUUUCAUGUGAUAUUGGAGGACCAUUCCAUUUAUUCACUUAUCAAUAAAGGGUAUUAAUUGCACUGUAUAUGAUGUUUGAAUGGGAACAAUUAAAAAGCAUUAAACAAA